AUGCCUCCGGGGGAUAGACGGAACGCAGACACCACCAAGCAGCUUGAGCUGGCCUACGCAUCUGCCGGACAGCAGUCGAUGAAGGUCUUCAUUUCGUUUGAUUUCAAUUGGUGGCAAACUGAUCAAGCCGUCGAAAUCGGUGAGAUGAUUGCGCGUUUCGCCCCCCGGCCUGCUCAACUGAUCGUGGACAACAAGGUGUUUGCAUCGACUUUCGCCGGAGACGGACUGGAUGUGCCGGCGCUGAGAGCAGCAGCAGGAAUCCCACUUUUCUUCGCUCCCAACUUUGACCCAGGCCUGGACCUGAACGUUUCCUCCGUUGACGGCCUCUUCAACUGGAUGGCCUGGCCUCACAACGGAAGAAACAAAGCACCCACACCACAUAACAACAUUUCCGUUGGCGAGGGUGACCAGCUGUACAUAAACACACUGGCAGGAAAAGCCUACAUAGCGCGUGAGUAUUCUGACCCGCCGAACCCUGGCCCCUUUGACGCUCCCUGCGCUGACCGUCCGAAAGCUGUGUCGCCGUGGUUUUUUACACACUUCGGACCCGAAGUCUCCUACAGCAAGAACUGGAUAUUUCCUGCCGACUUGCUGUGGUACGACCGCUGGCGCGAGAUCUUGGCAAUGCAACCGCGCUUCGUGGAAAUUGUCACAUGGAAUGAUUAUGGCGAAUCCCACUACACGGGCUCGCUGCACGCCCCGCACACUGACAACGGGGCUUCGAAGCCCCAUGACGGAUGGGCAACGAUGGCCAAGCCAUUCAUUGCGGCAUUCAAGGCAGGGGCAUCUUCUCCCGACGAUUACAUCACCUCAGACCGGCUCAUCUAUUGGUAUCGCCCCGCGCUGCGCGGCCAAGAUUGCGACUCCACCGAUACAUGUAUGGCGCAAGCGAACAACCGUAGUGGGGACUACUUCCUUGGGCGACCAGAUGGCUGGCAAUCCGUGCGGGACUCUGUGUUCGUGGUCUCUCUGUUGCGGAGCCCCGCAUCGAUCCAGAUCGGCUCUGGAGGCAGCCUGUAUCAAUAUGCCGCGCCAGCUGGGGCAUCUUCCCAUGAAGCACCCAUGAGUCCCGGAGAGCAAUCCUUCUCGAUUUCGCGCGAUGGAACGACCAUUCUUGCCGGAGUUAGCUUGAAGCCCAUUAUUGAUGGCUGUGUGUGUGGCCUAUAUAACUUCAAUGCUUACGGUAAUCCCCUGAUUCCUAAGCCUGCUCCCGGGCGCUCUACCAUCGGGUCUACAGUCGAUAGCGAAAACAGCUUCCUCCCUAAAGACUCGUUUUCUUUCCUCGGGCCCCACUGCCAAGGCAUUAGCGCGAAUAUUUAUUUGACGGGCCUCAAUUAUGAAUAUUACUGUGCAAGGUCAUGA